UUGUGCCUGCGCGGCUUCCGUCAGUCAGAGCUCGGCUGCUAUGUAUGUACAGUCACACUGUGCUACUUAGCAGCUGCCACCACGCAGCCGGUUAGCGGCGGAAGAAGGGGCAGCGGCUGCGCCGGAACUACAUUGACGUAGUCAUUGUUUAAUCCCAGGCAUGUUACUAUAACGGGAAACAGCAGCGCGGAGUUUGGCUGAUACCGAGUCCGGAGAGGAUGCGGCGUACACUCGGGUACACCCGACCACCUCCCCCUCUCCAUGACCCUCCGCCAUUCCUGUGACCCCCUCCUUCCCCGCCAUCUGCCGCUCGAGUGUAACUGACAGACGCGGAUCACUAGGCGGCCGCACGCAGCGCCAGGUGCCCGGCGGUAACGAGGAGCGGCUCUGCCCCGUGUCUCAGCAGCAGCAGGAGACUGGUCCCCGGGUUACAUGAGGAGAGGGAGAGAGAUGGCCAACCAGCCUGUGAUCCUCAAUGUAUAUGAUAUGUACUGGAUCAAUGAGUACACGUCAUCCCUAGGAAUUGGUGUCUUCCACUCUGGUAUUCAGGUGUAUGGUAGAGAAUUUGCUUAUGGUGGACACCCGUAUCCAUUCUCUGGAAUCUUUGAAAUUUCACCCGGUGAUUCUACAGAACUGGGAGACACAUUUAAGUUUAAGGAAGCAAUUGCAUUGGGGAGCACAGAUUUCACAGAGAAUGACAUAGAAAAGAUUGUUGAAGAGCUUGGGAAGGAGUUCAAAGGAAAUGCCUAUCAUCUCAUGCACAAAAACUGCAACCACUUUUCCUCAGCUUUAUCAGAGAUCCUCUGCGGGAAGGAGAUCCCACGUUGGGUGAACCGGUUAGCCUACUUUAGUUCUUGUGUACCUUUUCUACAAAGUUGUCUACCUAGGGAAUGGUUGACGCCUGCUGCCCUUCAAUCCAGUGUAAGCCAGGAGCUGCAAGAAGAGCUGGAAGAAGCUGAAGAUGCAGCUGCUACAGCCUCCUGCUCCACAACAGCAAUGCCCAGACCUGGGCGACACACCAAGCUAUAAGAAAAUAUUUAUGGGGAACUUCAAUUACAUUCUUUUGUUUUCAAAUAAGUGUUUAUAUUUGAUCUCCAGCAACUGACACUUUGGUUCUGCAGUGGACCUAUUUUCCUUCUAUUCAAGUAUUUAAGCUCAGGAUCAUGGUUGUAUUUGGAAGAAUCCACAUGAUGGUAUGAUGCAGUUCCCUGUGCACUCAAUCUAGCCACCACCGCUAAUUACUUUCUUAACAUGUCUUGCAUACAUUUCUAAAUUAUUCGUAUUAUUUUCUCUCCUUCCUGGUAUACAAAAUCGUUUUUUUGCCUGCCACUGACAAAGAAAGGUCUCCCUUGAUCACCAGACUGAACGGUAAGGUCCUUUACCUCAACUGUGCAAUCCAGUAGCACCUAUAUGCAGCACAUACUCUUCAGGAGUGUUUUCCUGUUUUUCAUAGAAGUACAUACAUUUUAUGGGAGGUUCUUGGGAUUUUCCUUGGUGCAAGAAGACUUGGUCAUCAGUAACUCACAUGACCGGGAAGUGACAUGCUGCACUUUGGUCGUUUACAUUCUUUAUAGCCACUGACCACCUAUGUAUUGAUACAGUGUAACAUUUUGGUUUCCCAUCUGUUAACUGACAAAAAUGGAAACCGUCUUAUGUAAACCAAUUGUAUCUGAAUGAAGAUGUUUAUUUGAGACCCCACCAGCUUCAUGAAAUGUUUUAUGUCUUCAUAUAUAUUGUAGGAUGAUAUAUAAAUGACCUUUUAAUUUAUUGAAAGAGCUGCUUUAAUACAUGUUUGUACCAAGGACUAAUGGUUGGAACAAUCUUUGGUUCAUGCCUUUGUCCUACUAACGUCACAGUUUAGGUGCUGGUAUGCAAAUCAUGUAGUCACCGUGUCUCUGCCUUGCAGGUGUUCAAGUUAUUACUUGACAUGACAGAGAUGCUGUUUUACAACUACAAGUGGUUCAGUGGCAUCUAACAACAAGUACUGUUCACUUUCUAUUAGAUCAGGGAUUUUGCAUGGUGUUUUAUACCAAGGUCGUCUUAAAUGAUGUUUUUAAUAGAUUUUUUUUCUCUCUAGUGCUUUGUGUAGUUUUACUGGUGUAAUAGAUAUGCCAGUCUGUCCACAGAAGGUAGCCCACUACAGUUACUCUUUCAUGCAUAAAAGCAGGUGUCUCCAGCCAUAGCCCUCUGCAGACUUUUCAAUCUGUUAGGUUUGUUUAUUUUAAUCCAUUCAAGUCUCUGCUUUUUGUAACAGGGAUGUAGUUGAUAUACUGUCUGUCGGGAUCCCGAUGCCGGAAUCCCAACAGCCGGUAAAUUGCCGGUGGUCUGAAUACUGGCCGCUCCCGGUAUUCCCACUCAGGUGGUGGGUCCACGCCACCACCUGAGGCAGAAAAGAAAGCGCUUCGCUCGUCAAUGUGCCUGAAGUGUGGCGAGCGCAGCAAGCCUGCAAGGAGACUUGCUGCGCUCGCAACCGUUAUUGCAGCUGGCGUGUUGCCGCCGUCGGGAGAUCUUACUGAACCCAUGUAACAUGCAGGGAUUACACAUCGUCAACAAAGAGCCAGACACAAAUUUGAAAUAUUCGUAAGCAAUGCAUUGAGAAGUAGAUUGGAAUUACCCAAUUUGGAUCGCCCCUUUUUUUAAAAAAAAUUUUUUCCUUUUAUAGGGAAAGAUUUAUGAAGCUUCCGUACAAGAUAAAAGUAAAUUAGGGAAAUGUUGUUUUGGGUUCCUCACUUCCUACUACUUGUUAUACAUUCAUUUUUAACUGCCUCCCUCUCAUGCAUGCCAUGUGUGCUUUCUAAGGAGAUACUGUUCAGUCACAUGAUACCGCCCAGUUUCAUGAUGUAUUCACAUGUACAUACAUAUUUUUUUCUUCUACCCCUUUUAGAUGCAUUUAUGUAUUUCAAGUCAUUGACUACAAUGAACUAAUUAUUACCAUUAGUAAGCAUGUUAUGCAUAUUUAUAUAUGAAUGCAAAUAGCACAGCACAUAUCUGUGUGGAAGAAUAGGGAUGUGUAUGUAAUUUGGGUGUGUUUCACAUAUAGUCCUAUUUUCAGCACAGAAAACUUCAGUAAGAUUAUGUGGCAAGAGCACUUUGGCAUUCGCAAAUAUAUGCUCAGUUUGAGAAGACGUCCGAUAUUUGUGCAGUUUACAAAAAGUCUGGAUACAUCAUUCUUCCACCAUGCAGCAUUAUGAGUAGGGUGGAAUAGCUAUUAUCUGGCCUCGCCACUUGCAAAAGAUACAUUCUUAAUCACUUACCGUAUGGGGACAGUUGUUAUAAAAGUGGCAGGGCAGCCUGAAAAUGCAUGCACUAGGGGGCACAAUUUUAUUUUAGGUUUUAUUUUUUUACGUGCCGAUCGCGCCCAGACAUACCAGAUUUAGCAGCGUUAAACCAGACCAAUGUACUGGGCAUGGCACAAAAAGUGCCAUUUUGGCACCCAAACAGGUCACUUUGCACAUUUCUUCUCACCAGCACAGGGGGCUCUGAGAAAAAAUGUCUGCACCCGUAGCAUGUGCUUCCACACGGCAGCACAAUUGAAUUGCUGCUGGCCGGCGCCCUCUUGUGGCAGACACCCAUUAAACAUUUUAAACACCACCCCCCCUUCCUCCCCAGUUAGGUGCUCCUUAUUUAUAGUCACAGGAAAGUUUGGGUCUUCCACUCACUAUAGGGUCUGUAAUGCUGGGUCACCCUAAAAAGGCAUUUUCUCUGCUCUUUUGCUUAUAUGCAGGCCCGGGCCAUGCUCUGAAGAGCCAAGUGGUGGCCUCCCUACAAAUGUUUCUAUGGCUGUGCCAAGUUCUUUCCCUGACUAUACCUAUGACAGGUUAAGUUAUGUACUAGUUUCUUGUUCUCAAUACAGCUCCCAUCAGUUUAUGCCAUGAUUGACAGCCUGAAAAAAAAAAAAAAAAAACAUUCUGCAAUGAAUUCACACAAUCUUUAUUGCUAUCUGAAUUAAACAGAUGUGCAUAUCACUUAUGUCCCUAUUUAAAUCUCUCCGAUAACUAUAGUUUUAGUGUUGGACAAAUUAAUAAAUUGCUAUGUGGUAUACAGGGUCACUGCUUGCUUUAGAUGAUUUAUAUUCUCCUCCACAUCCUUAGGCUGGGUACAUUCCUGUCGGAUAUGUUGGUGGAACGUCUGACCGAACAGUCGAUCAUAAGUAUAAACAUUUACUGAUCGGCUGCUCGUUACGUCGGUCCCUGUCAUGCAGCUGGGUGGGCAUUUGAAUUUGCACGCCCAGCUGUGACACUGCAGCAAGUGUACUGUACACACAGCACGGUGUGCAAGCUGUGCUGCAGGGCCACCGCGAUAUGGCUGUGAACAACGUAAUUCACAAGCAUAUUGCUGGUACGCACAAACUGAUGCACCCACGAUAUAUAUCUGCCAUUCAAUUGAACGCCAGAUAUAUUGGCCAAUGUGUACCCAGCAUAAUCCUCUGGGGUAAAGAUACACAAACACUUGUCUGAUUCGUAUAACAAUAUAGGGAAUUCUCGCUAGAAGUACUGUAUCUACCUCACUUAAGGUGUCGUUAAAAUAUGGAAGACCCUUAGCACAGAUGUGGGCACUAUCUGCUGCAAAUGGGUACCUAGUAUUUAUUACACUGGAUAUGUGGUCCUGACGGCCAGAUACACAAUACAGUAUAUUAGGAAUCCUAUUUUUGUUUGGGUUUCCAACAAUGGUAAAUGCACAUUUGGAUUCCCAGCUACUAAAAGGUUAUGCACUCCAGCCUUAGUCUAUAAAUGAGAUUAUGGAAUCUUAAACUGUUACCCUUUUUUUUUUUAGAAGUUAAAUUUAAGAAGUUUCCUAUAAAUAUAAAAUGGUAGCUGCUCAAUUUAAUAAUAAUCUUCAGAUGCAUGAAAGGAAGGGGUUAUUCUAAACAAGAAACAGAAAAAUAAAGUUUCCCCCAGCACACAAAAACAUAUCAGCAAUAAGACUUGAGCAUUGCAUGAUAAUAGAAAUUUCAGAUAUCCUAGUUACAUAUGUUUGCAAAGAUAUGGUUAAGUCACCAGGCCUCGGCAAGGCUUCUCUGAUACUGGUGGUCCCUAACACUAUACAUGCAAAUAUACCCCAGACUGGGUGCUAUUAUCAUGUAGCAUCAGGGACCACCAGUAUCAGAGAAGCCUUUUCUAUUAUCAUGUAGUGUUCAAGUCCUGUUGCUGAUAUGUUUUGGUGUGAAUGGGGGGAAACAUUUUUGUUUAUUUUCCUAUACAUGUUAGAAUUUGUAAGUUGUUAUAUAUAUAUAUAUAUAUAUAUAUAUAUAUAUCCACACAC